GAUUCAUUCUGUUUUGAAGUUCACACGUGGAAGUUGAACAACGUGUAUAAGGUUUAGAUCAGGCAUAAAAAGUGAAAUAUAUGUGUAAAUGAAAUACAAAAGGAGAACAUGUGAUCUUACUUUUUUGUUAAGUGUUUGUGACUUCACUAUUUCAUAUCUCAAUUCUUAAGUGGACGUUCAUCUAAAGUUUGGAAGAUGAGAAGAAAAGGAAAGUUUCUGAUAAAAAAAAGAAGAUUUUAAAAAAAAGGAAACUAACAGCUUGAAAAAGUUGCAGGCUAUGAAUGAUCAUGGGAGCAAUAUUUGUCCAAAAGGCAAUACAUCACAGAAAGUCUUUAAGGUAUUGGAGCUGUACAGUGGUAUUGGUGGAAUGCGGUAUGCUUUAAAAGUUGCUGAAAUUCCUUUUGAAAUUGUUGCUGCUGUGGACAUAAACCCCAUUGUUAAUGAAAUCUACCGUUAUAAUUUUGGAGAAGAUAAGCAUCUACAGCGAAAUGUUCAGUCAUUAACUGUAACCGAAAUUGAAAGUAUGAAAGUGGAUUUAUUGACGAUGAGUCCACCCUGCCAACCUUUUACAAGGAAUGGCCUGAAGCGAGAUGCGGAAGAUAGCCGAAGCGAUUCUUUUUUGCAUGUUUUAGAAAUACUCAGCAAAUUAAGACGUAAGCCGCCUUACCUGAUUGUUGAAAAUGUAAAAGGUUUUGAAGAUUCUCUGACAAGAAGCUCGCUGAUAAAAACACUAGAAGGUGCUGGCUAUUUAUUCCAAGAGUUUCUUUUGUCACCUUCUGAUUUUGGCAUUCCCAAUUCUAGGCUUCGGUAUUAUCUUCUUGCUGAAUUGAAAGAUGCUUCUUCUUCAACUAAAAUGGGGUGCUUGAAAAUAAAUAAAUUUAAUUUCUAUUGUUGUCCAAAAUGCUUGAUUGAGACAGAGAGUUUGUCUAAAAAGCAUUGCAUUCUGGGUCAUUUUCUUGAAGAAAAAGCAGAAAAGUAUUUUGAUAACUUCCUUAUUCCUGAAAAUGUGUUAUUAAAGCACUGGCUUGUCCUUGAUAUUGUAGAUCCAAGAAGUUCCCAUUCUUGUUGCUUUACCAAAGCAUAUAGUCAUUAUGUUCAAGGAACUGGAUCUGUUUUAACUCCAUUCACUGAUCCAUUCCUAUCUGAUGUUUUUAGAAGGGUUUCUACAAGUGAAAAUCAAGAUGAAAAACUUAAGUUGCUGAAAUCACUGAAACUUCGAUAUUUUACACCAAAAGAAGUUGCAAACAUUAUGUAUUUUCCAAAGAAUUUUGAUUUUCCUGAACACCUUUCCACAAAGCAAAGACACAAAGCUUUAGGAAACAGUCUAAAUGUAUUUGUCGUAGCUUGUUUAUUUAAAUCAUUAUUUAAAGUUGACAAUAACAGAUGAAAAUUUUAAUUGCAUAAUCAACUUCAAUUGUUUCAGAUUCUGUAAAUAAUUAAAUCUGAACUCUAUUUAUACAUUCUUAAAUCAAACUUUUCAGUGAGCGGGAUACAUAAAUCAAUUAAUUUUACGUAAGUAAAUAAAUAUAUAUUUAUAUAUUUUUAGUUUUGUUAUUUUUUAAAAUUACCUUUUGAAAACCUAAUUUAUGCCUUAUUUAUUUAAUUUUUCUUGUGUUUGAGAAAUGUAUAACGUUUUAACUCUUAAACAGGCAGGUAAACAGCAGUUUUCUGCGGGAAUGAGUGUUAGAGAUAUUUGAAGAAACGCCUUUUGGAUUCAAUAAUAACAAUGUGGAACACUUCACAUAAACUUGCUCAUUGAGUUUUUUAUUUUUAAAAUUCUGUCGGAAUAAAAGGACUCUAUAUUUUUUUGAUUUAAUUCAUUUCUUUAUUCUUCGAUAAAUAAACAUAAGUUUUUUUUUUGCAUUAAAAACAAGAAAAAACAUUUUUCAAUACUUCCUUAACAUAAACUCAACAGAACUAACUUCUUUGCAUCUAUGCUUUUUCCACCUAUGUUACAGAAGUUCUUUGUAUCCUGUAUGCGUUGCCUAUUGGGAAAAUAAAUAAUGUAAUGUUAAAAAAUAAAAUAAAUAAAAUAAAAAGCAUUAUUUUCAAGUACAAGUGACUUUCGAUUGAUGUAAAUCUAUAAUGAUUUGUGUUACGAAUAUAUACCAUGAGAUUAAAUAUUGUACUAUAUUUAUGCCAACAUGCUUUUAAUUUGUGUUGAAAUUUUUCGUUAUUUACUACUUUGCUCAAUUUGUUGCUAGUUGAACUGUUUAUUUGAUUAAAUACUAUUUUUUACACAA